AACAGCGGACGUACUCCUGGCAUCAGUUGAGUUAAAUGUUUGUAGACCGUCAACAGUCCAAGCGGGUCAGGAGAGGUGGGAGGGGUCCUGAGUUUAAAUUGCCAGUCUGUCGUUGGCGCCAGCUGACUCUAAGGCACGAGCAUGUUGUUGCAGCGCGUUAUGUUCCUCCCACUGUUGUCUCCAUGGAGCAGGCAAACUAGCAGAAAUGUGAUUGCUCGCUUCCCCGCUGUGCAGCUGGCACACUUCCGGAGCAACUCCAGUGCGGCCAACGUUCAGGAGCGGACUCUCAUUGCCGUCAAACCAGACGGCGUCCAGCGUCGUCUGGUGGGGCAGAUCAUCCGGCGUUUUGAACGCAGGGGCUUCAAGCUGGUGGGCCUGAAAAUGCUGCAGGUGUCCGAGGAGCUGCUGUCUCAACACUACUGUCAGUUGACGCAGAAGCCUUUCUAUUCCAGUCUGGUGGACUACAUGACUUCUGGGCCUGUGGUUGCCAUGGUGUGGGAAGGGCACAAUGUGGUCCAGUCGUCACGAAUGAUGGUGGGACCCACCAACCCUGCUGCGGCCCCAGCAGGCACCGUUAGAGGAGAUUUCAGUCUUCACGUCAGCAGGAAUGUGGUCCAUGCCAGCGAUUCUCUGGAGGGAGCCCAAAGGGAGAUUGAGCUCUGGUUCCAGGGGAAGGAUCUUGUCAAGUGGGAUUGCCUGGACCAGAUGUUAACAUGCGAGAAGUAAAAAGAACGUUACCUCUGUCGCCGCUCGCUGCUUUAAAGGUCUUUAGAAAAAGAUGUACAGUAUUUACAUAAUAAAUUUACCUCAGGAAAUGUGUUGGUUCAAACAAACAAAAUAGUGGAGUUUUUUUUUUCUCUUUUAAUUGCAUUUAGCUUUUGUCUUAUUGGAUGG